AUGGUUAGUUUGCAAGUCUCCAUUGGAACGUCAACAAUCGAGGAAAAUCUUACUCAGCUCAAGCUCACUCCAGUCUUGCUGACCAGCGGCGUUGAUGCACAUGCAGUUCAACCGACUGUUCUUUGGUGCUCCGUCAUAUUGGAGGCCGCCUUGGCUGCACAUGCCACAUAUUCCCGUUGAGGUUGGUGAUGCACUUGUUCAUGUCUUGCCUUGUCCGCCUCCAACCACCACUCUUGGUUCUGCAUGUCGCCACCAUGUAUCGGUCACCUUCCAUGUACCAAUCCUGGUUGCAACUUUGGAAGAAACCACCACCUUGAGCAAGAGCGCCACCAAUCUCGGUCAGGAGCACGGUUGUGAUACCAGAGAGUGUCGAGAACUUCAUGGUGAGUGUCGAGGAAGCGGUGGAAGCAGAGAGGUGAUGGACUCAGUAGGGAAAGAUAGUUCGGCGGCCCCCCGGGCCAUAAUAUGUAUCACGAGUCUCAAUCCUUCUGGCAUUCUCGAUACCCUACAGCCACGCAGCAUGAGCCAAGCUGCAUCAUAAUUGCCAACAGCCAUGUCUAAGAUUCACCGACUUUUCUUGGUAAACCCCAACAUCAAUGGGAAUGAUAUUGGAGAGUGACAUUGGAGAAACCAACAGUGGAUGCUGGAGGCCAGCCGAUCACGCUUGAUCAUGCAAGGCUAAUGAACUGGGUAUACCAAGAGUUGACUAAAUUUUGUUGGUGGCAGUAUCGAAAGUUAUAACCAUUAUGGAGACCGG